AUGAAGUCAAUUAUCUUGGCUUCAUUAUUGGCGUUGGCGUUUGCGGCCUCGCCAAUUCUUGAGCAUUAUUUUGAGCCUAACUUUGAAUAUCAAUAUCAUUUCGAUGGUUUUAUUCUUUCUGGUCUUCCAACGAAUCAACAAUCUCAAUAUGCUCAAUAUCGCAUUUCUGCUGGCGUUCGUCUUCAAAUUGUCGAAAAAGGUAUUCUACAUUUCAAAUUGGUUGAAAUUGAAAUGUUUGCUUCGAGUAAAGAACAAUCGAAACGAAAAUAUCCGAAGCUUAUCCCAUCAGAAGAACUAAUUAUCUCACCUGAAAAUGAAGAUCUUCUUUAUCUUCCAGUUCGUGCUGAUUUAGAAAAUGGACUUGUCUCACGUGUUAUUUUUGAAAAAGAUGAUGCUGAAUGGUCAAAAAAUAUCAAAAGAUCAAUUAUUAAUAUGAUCUCAUUUUAUGAUGUAACACCAUCUGACGAGAUUGAAUCACUUGUUGAAAAUAAUGAAUUCCAAUCGUUUGUAACAAAUGAAACAACAAUUGAAGGAGAUUGUCAAAUUGCUUAUACAAUCAGCAAACAGAAGAAAAAUGGAAGACUUGUCACUAAAACUGUCGAUUUCUACAAAUGCUCAACGAGAGAACAAUUGGUUUAUGGAAAUCAAUUUUCGGAAAACACAGAUGAUGCAGCAGAAGAACAUUUGGAUUCGUUGACACCACAAACGUUUUAUACUUAUCUCCUCGAAAACAAUUUAUUGGCUGAAGUUGAAGUUCGUUCAAUUUACAGUCAAAAAUUGAGAAACCAAGAAAUUAUGAAGACUGAUAUUCGCUCAAAACUCACAUGUGAAAACAAAUAUUCAAUUGAGGAUGCAAUCAAAUUCGUAAGGAAAUUCAUAUUAGAUUGUUAAAAUUUUUUAAAAAUUAUUUCAGAAAACCCUCGCACAACCAGAAAAUAUUAUGUACAGUACAAAAUGGGAAAAACUUGUUGAAAAUUUCUACAAACAUGGAGAUGAAGUGGAAAAUCCAUUCGAAAAUGUGCCAACUGAAAACAAAAUGAGUUCACUUGAAGACAUUUUCGAAAACGUACAUGAUGACUAUAAUGAUCAAGAAACUGUUCAUCAACUUGCCAGGCUCGUCGAACUUCUUCGUACUUGUACAAUCAAAGAACUUGCAAAAAUUUAUGAAAAAUAUUUCACAUCUGAAAUCAAAAAGGUCUGCUUGCUUAUAACUUAAAUAUUUUUGUGUAGUGCCACAUUUUCAGAAACAAUCAAUGAUUGAACAAGCUCUUGCUAUUGCUGGAACCAAAAAUACAGUUGAACAUUUGUUGAAAGAUUUGAAAAGACAGAACAACAAUCCAAUAAAAGCAACUGUACUUAUGAAAUAUAUUCAAGAAACACCAUAUCCAACUAUAAAAAUAGCUAAACUUAUACUUGAGUUUCUUUCCGAUAAUGAAGAACCAUUGUAUGUUCAAUCCAGUUUACUUGCUAUUGGAGUUAUUAUUCGUGGAUGUGUUUCACAACAUCAACGUGGAGAAGAAAACACAAUGAAACUGAAACAAGAAAUUAUUGGAAGAUUCAUGAAGUAUUUCAGAGAAGUUAGCACUACAUAUGAAAAAAUUUUGGUUCUGAAAUCAUUUGGAAAUGCUGGAAUUGAUUUGUCAAUUAAUGCGAUCAGUGAAAUCAUCAAAGAUUAUAGUCAACCAAUGAUUGUUAGAAGAGAAGCUGUUGAUUCUCUCCGUCUUCUUGAUAAUGUCAUGCCACUGAAAAUUCAAAAAACGCUUCUUCCAAUUUUUAUGAACCGAAGAUAUGCUUCAGAACUUCGAAUGACUGUAUUAUGGCGAUUGAUUCAAACAAGACCAUCAUCAUCGAUUUUGUUGCAAAUUGUUUCACAAAUUGAAAAAGAAUCAAAUCAAGAAGUUAGAAAAUUCACCUAUGAAGUUUUAAAAAAGUUUUCAAAAUCAACAAAUCCCCAAUUCAAACAAUUGGCAAAAGACUGUGAAAAUGUUCUUUCAUUAACUCGCUUCACAUCUGAACAAUUCAAAAAUGCCAAAUCAAAAUAUGUACAACUUCCAUUGUUUGCCACUGAUCUUCUUUCUGGUGUUCAAUUGGAUUCUUCUGCAAUUUUCUCGAAAAAUGAUUGGAUUCCAGCUGAAUUUCAAGUAUCACUUCAAUCAGUUUUUGGAGAAAACUGGAACAAAUACUUGCUUCAAUUCGGAUUUUCACAAGAAAAUGUUGAGAAGGCGAUUUUUGACAGGAGAUCAAUAUUCCGAAGAUACUAUACUCGUGCAGAACGCAUGAAUGAUCCAAAUAUGGAAAAUAUCAAAAAAAUGGCAGAACAAUUGGAUUUGAAACCUCGUUAUUAUGAACGAAAUCGAGAAAAAGAAGAAUUUGCUAUGACUUAUUGGAGAUUCAAAAAUAUCGAUUAUGCUAUUGUUCCAUUUACAAGCCGUGUUCUUGAGAAUAUUGAAGAUAUAAUAAAAAUUGUGGCACAAAAAUACACGAUGGAAAAUUAUGUGGAGCAAUUUGAGUACACACAAACGGCUUAUUUCUACGAAAAAAUUCACCAAAUUCCAACAAGUCUUGGUAUUCCACUGGUUAUUUCUGGCAAAACUCCAUCUAUUGCAACAUUCAAAGGAACCUUUGAUCUUGAUGUGGAAAAACUGAUUGUUAAUAUGAAUUUUGUUCCAUCUAUAGUUUCUACUCAUAUUUUUGAAAUGAGAGCGGUGACACCAUUUACUGCUCCAGGAGUCAAAUUAUUGAAAUCUGCCAGAUUACAAACUCCAAUCAAUUUCAAUGUUGCUCUCAAAUCAGAUCGAAAUGGAGGUGGAUUCAACGUCAAUAUCAAUAUUCCAGAAAUGGAAGAUUUUUCAUUUGAACUUUCCAAUCGUCCAGUUGUUUUCUUUCGCCAUGUUCAUUCGUUGGACGAAAAAACACUCACAAGCUCACAAUUGACAAGAAAUUGGGAAAACACUCAAAACGCUUUUGAACUUGAAGUUAUCACUCGUGGCAAUGUUUUGAGCGAUUGGAAUUAUUGGAAUACUUUUUUCACUGAACAAUAUUAUGAAAUUGUUAUCAGAAAUCUCAAUAAGGAACCAGCUGAAUUUACAGCAGGUGGCCACUUUUUAUAUGGUAUAGUCGAAGAUUAUAAUUUUGAGAUUGACAAUGAAUUCAAGAAUAAAUUCGAACUCGAAAAAACCGUUGAAGGUUACGAAGAAGAAAUGAACAAAUUGGCUGAAUCAUUAUUAAACGUAGAAGUUGGCAGAAUUGCUCUCAACUUCAAUAUUAGUGCUCCAGACAAUCAUAAAAUCAAUUUUGAAUGGGAAUUUGUUCUCGAUAGAUCAUUACGUUAUUUCAAAACAGAAUUUGAUGCUGUGGUUUCAAACAAAGACGAUUGGAGAUUUAAUAAUCAAUUUGUUUUGCUUCUUCCAAACAGUUUUCACUCUAUUCAAGACUACAAAAAUGCAAUUCAUCGUGAAAUUCUUGUUAGCAAUGAAAUGGCGUGGGGACUUGUUGGAGAUUUGGAGAAUGUAAAUCAAAUCAAAUUGAAUGCUCAACUUGGACAAUCUCAAGCUCAACGAAAUUCUCAACAAAAUCGAGAAACUCAUGUUAUCAGAGCAUCACAGUUGAAUCAAUUAGAUAUUUCUGCUCAAUAUAAAUUCAAUGAUCAGACUCAAAGACAAUUCCAAAAACUUGUUGAUCGCUCAAAUCAAUACUGGCCAGACACAUUUCAAUAUCAAGAGAAUCUAGAAAAUCAUUAUGAUUUAAGAAUGAUUGCUGAUCCAAUAACCCGGCAAUAUGUUAAUAUAACUCUUGUGAGUCCAGAACGACGAUUGGAUAUUCACAACUACGGAACUCCAGAGUUGGAACUUAUCAGUUUUAACAAUAUGAUACAUCAAAAUGAAAAUCAAGUUUGCACAGUUUCAGAUAGAAAAGUGCAAACUUUUGAUGAUAUGACAUAUUCUGUUCCACUAACAACAUGUUAUUCAGUUAUUGCUAAAGAUUGUUCUGAAACGCCAACAUUUGCUAUUCUGGCCAAAAAAGAAUCGAAAACAUCGAACAAUUUGAUUGUCAAGUUUUAUACCUACAACAAUAUUUUUGAUUUUUUCAAAUCUGCCGAUAAAUUUGUUGUUGAAAGAAAUGGAGUGGCUUUAUCGGAAGAUCAAUUAACGUGGAAUAUCAAGUAUGAUUUACAGUUUGAAAAACAACCAUACAGUUUUUUCAGAAUCAGAAUCAGCGGAGAACAAAUGUUUGUUCAGGAUGAGAACAUUCAUAUUCAAUUCAACGGUCAAAAAGUUCGAACGAAAAUAUUUUCUCCACUAGAUGUUCCACUUUGCGGACUUUGUGGAAAUAACGAUAAAGAGGUAGUGAAAUGUUGAUUGGGAAACCCACAAAAAUAACAAACAAAAUAUUGUUACAGAUGGACAAUGAAUUGCAAACUGCUCAAGACGAAGAAGCUGACGAUAUUAAAGAUUUCCACAUAUCUUAUAUUUUAGACGAUGACGAAUGUAAAAUUGAAGAUGAUGUAUUUUCACACAAGAACAACUAUCAAGAUAUUCGAAGCAAUGAUGAAGACAGUUAUGAAGAUGAAGAAGACGAGGAGCAAGAAAACGAAGAUUCUGAACAUCGUAAGUUGUAUCAAUAAAAAUUCGGUAAUUGAUAACUUUUUCAGAUAUAUAUUGGAGAACUCACAUCAUGGAACAAGCUCAUCGUAUUUGUUUUUCGCUACAAUCUGUUCCAACAUGUCUUCCUAAUUUUGAAGAAGAGCAAAAUGAUCAGCAAAAAGUUGAAUACACUUGUUUGCCACGACACGAAACUGAAACUCGUGCUUUGAUGAUCAAAUCACGCCAACAAGAUAUACUUGAUUUGGAAAAUUAUGCAGUUUCAUUCAUGACACCUGUUACUGUUCCAACGCAUUGUGAACGAGAAUGA